AUGUUUUUACGGAAAUUCUGGAACGAAUGGACACUACAAGAGAAUGCGCGGCGGAUGAAGAUCACUGUGUUGCCCUCGGGCACAAAAAGGGUGCAUUUGAAGAGCGCAUCGGAAUUGGAAGACAUGGAGAGGAGAGGGUCGAUCAUCCCGAGGAGACCGUCCAGGCCACCGCCACGAUCGAGUCAAGGACAAAUCGGUGAGUUGGGCAAUUCGGGACUCAUC